CUGAGGUUUGAAGUACAAAGUGUGGGGCCUAUGUGACUGCUAAUCUCUCUAGUAAUAAGGCCACAAAGCUUAAGCAUCUUGUUGAAAAUACACACACAGCUCUGUGCUGUUCUUUGUUGAGCUAACAAGCUGUCCUCUUUCAAAGGCUGGGAAUGUAACCCCCUUUGCUCUUUAGUUGAAAUCCUGUUGGGACCCUUUCAGCACUGAAUUUUACAAGGCAAGAAUUUGCCUGAAAAGGCUUGCUGUAUUUUAUUAUUUUAUUUUAUUGGUGAAUGGCCUUUUGCAGGACAGCUCUGAAGGGCGUUUUUUCUGUUUUCGUUUCCCUGAAAUGUUUCUGAAUGAUUCUGCUAACUCUUCGGAAAGUGACAAUGCCUAUCCUUCAGCCUUUUCACAGACUGAACACAACGUAGUCGCAGCUUAUUUGAUAACAGCAGGGGUUGUAAGUCUUCUCAGUAACAUAGUUGUACUAGGCAUCUUCGUUAAAUAUAAGGAGCUUCGAACAGCGACCAAUGCAAUUAUUAUUAACCUGGCUUUUACCGACAUCGGAGUGAGUGGAAUUGGUUACCCCAUGUCCGCAGCUUCGGAUCUGCAUGGAAGCUGGAAAUUUGGCUACAUAGGAUGCCAGAUCUAUGCUGCUUUAAAUAUCUUCUUUGGAAUGGCAAGUAUUGGUUUGCUUACUGUUGUUGCAAUUGAUCGUUACCUGACAAUCUGCAAGCCCCAUAUAGGAAGUAGAUUGACUGCUCUCAACUACACAGUCCUGAUUCUUGCUGCCUGGAUCAAUGCAGUCUUUUGGGCCUCCAUGCCUGUUGUGGGCUGGGCAAGCUAUGCCCCAGAUCCAACUGGAGCCACCUGCACUGUAAACUGGAGGCAAAAUGACAUAUCCUUUGUUUCUUACACAAUGUCUGUAAUAGCUGUUAAUUUUGUCAUCCCCUUAUCCGUCAUGUUUUACUGUUACUACAAUGUUUCACGAACUAUGAAGCGGUACACCAGAAACGGUUGUCUAGAGAGCAUCAAUAUGGAUUGGUCUGAUCAAGUAGAUGUAACAAAGAUGUCUGUUGUCAUGAUAUUAAUGUUUCUGCUGGCUUGGUCUCCAUACUCUAUUGUGUGUUUAUGGUCUUCCUUUGGAGACCCUAAGGAAAUUUCCCCUGCCAUGGCAAUCAUAGCACCACUAUUUGCAAAGUCAUCAACAUUCUACAAUCCUUGUAUUUAUGUCAUUGCAAACAAAAAGUUUCGAAGGGCCAUCUUGGCAAUGGUGCGGUGCCAAACGCGGCAGGAGAUAACCAUCAACAAUGUUUUACCCAUGAGCAUAUCUCAAAGCACUAUUGCAUAAAGAUGCUGUCCGAAAGCUUGGGUUGACUUGCU